AUGAAAUUCCAAUCAGCCGCUGCUUUCCUCCUCGCUGCUACAGUCAGCAUUACCCUCGCCGCCCCCACCCCAGGCGCCCUGCAACGCCGCAACAUCGAGGAGCUCUACCCAGACUUCACCUCCCAAUACAACGUCGGCACGGGGGCCAUUACCUACGACACGGGCGUCGGCCUGAUCAGCAAGUCCCCCACCAACGGCGGCCAAGACACCACCACCCUCGUCACCUUCAACAUCCCCGCCGCCUGGUCCUCAUACAACACUUGCCGGCUCGUCUUCACUUCGGCCACCACCUCGUCCGUCUCCGGCUCCGGCCGCGCGGAUGUUUUCACCUCCCUCUCCCCGGCCCAACAGUCCACCGCCUCCUGGCCUCCGGGAAACCUCCGCGACAUCCACUUUGGCCGCCUUCUCGCUGCCCCCGGCACCGAGGCUACGUGGGAGCAGAGUUUUGUCGCACCCGACAUCCCGUGCGCGGAAAUUGCUGGGCACGCUUACGGUGGCGAGCUUGUCGGCGUGUAUGAUACCGAUUACAUCACGUGGACUCCUGGCACGGAUGGACCCAAGAUUGUGGUUGUGAACUAG